ACAUUUUAAAUAUGAAUGUCAAAGAAAAAAUAUUUUGGGGAGAAUUUCUCGAACUUUAUAAAACAAUGCCUUGCCUAUGGAAAGUUAAAAGUGCAGAAUACAGCAAUCGUGAAUUAAAAAACCAAUGCUACAAUAAAAUGGUAGACAAAUUAAAAGAGUGGGACCUAGAAGCAAAUAGAGACAAGGUGGUAAAAAAAAUCAACGUUUUCCGAACAAAUUACAAGCGUGAUUUAAAAAAAGUUAGAAAAAGUGAAACAUCUGGUGCAGGUAAUGUUUUUGAGUCUUCAUUGUGGUAUUACGAUAAACUCAAAUUUUUGGAAGAUCAGGAAUGUUCCAGAGAAGGAAAAUCUACCAUGAAUACUGAAAGCUUUAAUAUCGAGUCUAGCGAUGAAACAAUAGUGGAACCACCACCAUGCAAAAAACGAAAAGCAACAACGGAGGAUAAUUUGUUACAAAUGGCAUGCCAAAAAUUAGGUAGCAGUGACGAUCGCACAUCUACUUUAGCAAAGGGGUGGUCAAUUCAAUAUGAAGAAAUGUCUAAGGAACAGAAAUUGUUUUCAAGAGCAAUAUUUUCAGAUGUACUUUAUCAUGGCUGUUUAAAUAAACUCACUGAAAAAACUGUUGAAGAAAUUCACAAAGUUUUACAAGGAGUUUCGGAACAAACACAUACUCCGUAUGUGUUGGAUGAAUGUACUACACAGUCUUCACAAUCAUCCUCCUUUUCAGGCCAUAAUUUUGAGACACUAUUAUUGAAAAAAGAAAACACUUAA